AUGGCCAACGGCCGAAGCCAGACCUCAGCAACCAAGCAGACGACGGCACCGUCGAGCGGCAGGGGCUCCCGGACAGGGCCGGUGGAUCGCCCCACCGCGUCUUCCUCGCAAGAGCGGCCGUCUGUCGGCGCGGGAACGAGGCGCUCCGCCAGGAAGCGUCUCUCCGUCGAGAGAAACGGCGCCGUCAAGCCCCGCUCCAGCAGCAUCGGGAGCGUCGGCAGGCGCACCAGCCUCGGCGGCAGGAGAGCCGAGGAGGACCGGGAAGAGGAGGAGGAGGAGGAGGAGGAGGAGGAUGCCCUCCGGGGGAUCGGUGACUUGGAUGCCGUUGCCCCGAGCCAGGAGGAGAUCAGGGUCAUGAUCGACAGGAUCAGGCGGGAGUCUGCGAUGGAGGAGGUGGUAGGCGCCGGGGGUCGCGCGGUGAACAGCAAAGGGCAGCGGUUCGAGCAUGAGGCGGCCCCGGCCAGCGGAAGCAGCAUCACUAGUAAGCUUCUGCGGUCUGCUCGCGGGGUGGGCCGUCAGCAGCAGCCGCCGCAGCAGCAGCAGCAGCAACCGGCAUCCCCGCCAGCGCCGGCCGUUGGCAUCGGGUCGCUGGUGUCGUCAACGGCGGUGGUGUCGGCACCGGCAUCGCACCACCGGAGAGGGAGCGCCUCUAACAGCGAGGUGGCGGUGACCGCGUCGGCGUCGGCGACUGAAGCUGGAGGUGGCGGCAACGACGCGGGGACCGGGGUCGGCGUGGUUGGCAUGGGCGAGAUCGAGGAGGAGGAGCGGCGGCUUCAGGAAAAGGCUAGCAAGCUCGAGCUGGAGAUGUCGGCUGUGCAGAGCCGUCGUCUGGAGGUAUACCUGGUGAAGGUGGAGCAGCAGCUGCAAGAGGAAGCCGCGAUGAGGCUGGUGCAGCGGGAGGCCAGGAUUAACCUGGAGGUGGAGCGUUCAUGCAAGGCGCUAGCUGCGGAACGGGACGAGCGGGUCAGCGGGGUUGCAGCAGUGAAGGAUAACCUUCGCGGGAAGCUGGAGCAGCUGUCCACCAUGUACGAAGAGGUUUCGACGAGGAUGAACAACCUAGAGAAGGCUUACGCUCAGGCCGAGAAUGAGUUGAAGGACCGGGCGCUUGCCGAUCAGCGGAAGGCGGCAGAACGGGAGGACCGAGGCGUUCGGCGCCGAGUUCGGGCGAUCAUGCUGGAGCACGGCGGCAAGGCCGCCGCCGCUGCGGCCGCGACGGCCGGCGGCGGCAACGGAGACGCGGCGUCGUGCGGAGAACCCUCUCGGGGGGUCUCCGAAGAUCGAGAGGGUUUCGACGAGCCGUGGUUUUUCGCCACGCAGGACGACAACAGCGGCGGUUACCUCACCGCCGCCGCCGCUCACCAGGCGCCGUCGCCGUCUGCCUCGACGGCCGAGGAGGAACACCAGCAGCUCUUCCAGCAGCAGAAGCUCAAGAAGCUGGAGCAGCUGCAGCACCUCCAGAGGCAGCGCGCGUGAAGACCGUAUGUCGGACGGUGGAGUAGGAAUAGGUCGGCCGGUGUUCUUUUGCCUCCCUGGCAGGGACGACGGUGAAAUCUGCGAGAGCUAGCAACAUAUCCGUGGUAGCCUAGACCCGUUCCGUUUCACUCGCUUGAGUGCAGGUAGGUAGGCCUGCGCGCACGUACGUCUUUUGUUGCGGACGUCUGCCGUGGUUCAUUUUUAGACGUCUUGUCGUGUCGUCGUCGUCUGUAGCUCGAGGUGGUAUGCACGUAUGGACGAGGGGCAAAUAUCGGUUUUGUGAUAUGGCCAACAUACAAAUUGUACCUGCCAGGGCAAAAGUACACGUAAAGUAUUUUCUUUUUUACGCCGCCAAACCCGCGUGUUGAACCUGAAUGCCAAGAGGACCGAAUUUGGGCUUGUUGUACACCGGACUCAGGUGCGUCGUUGUCCGCUGGAUUGAAGCUAGGAUGCCACGACGAAUAGUCAUUUCCUGCAUUCUGGUAGCAUUGUGAAGCACGCGGCGGUUGGUGGCAUAAAUAGUGGUAUCGCCAGCUGGCGUCGAUGUAUGUAAAGCUGGAGAUUUAGGGCGCACGGCGGAGGAUAAGUGUUCAUAAACGAUACGCCACUUAGUUACUAUAGUCGAAAAUAACAUUAGGAAACUAAGCUCGGACCGCAACAAAUAAAGCCGAGUGUUGUUUUGGUAUUCAAGUAUAUAGCGCUACACCAAUUCGAGAAAUUGUAACGUCGCGAUUGGUUGAAGAAAGAGGAAACGGCGUAGAGGCACGACGGU